AUGUCUUACUAUCAAGAAGCCGCCGAUUACCCCGUCGAUUACCCCGUCGAUUACCCCGUCGAUUACGCCCCCGAUCCAGGCCCACAGCCAGGCCCACAACAAGGCCGGCGGCGCCGGGCUAGGCGCCGCCGAUCACGCUGGGUUCGCCAACAAAUCCAGGGUAAGUUAUUGCGAUGUCUGCAUCUUGCCGUCCAUCCCAGCUCUCUGCCAUUCUGCAGCUCUUGCUAUAGGACCAGCCGGUGUCUUUUCUCAAAAAAGCGCACAUUGCUAACGGGUUUAUAG